AUGGCGUCUCUGACCGGCGCAGACCAAUAUUACGUCUAUGAGAAUCGACUUGCGUCUUUUCUCGAGCCUCAACCCGUGGCCAAGAGACGCGCGUCCAACGCGAGCUCCAGGACCCCCAAAACGUUGACAUGGCCGCACAAAUUCCUGCCACCAUUCGAGCUUGCCAAGGCGGGCUUCUAUUUCGAUCCGCACCCAUCAAAUCCGGACAAUGUAACUUGUUUUCUGUGUCACAAACAAAUGGACGGCUGGGAAGCCGAGGACAAUCCGAUAGAAGAACACCUCAAGCAUUCUCCGAGUUGCGGCUGGGCCGUGACUGCCGCAGUUGAGGCCGAGUACGAUGGCUUGGAGCAGGCAGACCCUAGGGAGGCCAGGCUGCUCGAGGCGCGCAAGGCCACAUUUGCAGGAAGGUGGCCAUACGAGUCCAAAAAGGGUUGGAAGUGUAAAACAAAGCAGCUCGCUGAAGCCGGAUGGAUUUACACACCAACAAACGAGUCGGACGACAAUACUACUUGCGCCUACUGCCAGUUAGCACUAGAUGGGUGGGAGGCGGGCGACAAGCCAAUAGAUGAACAUUACAAGCGGUCGCCAGACUGUCCUUUCUUCGAAUUUAUCAACAGCAGGCCACCGCCGAAGAAGACGAGAGCAAAGGCAACUAGGGGCUCCAAAGCAUCGCGAGCUUCAACGCAAUCUGCUGCCACAGCCGCCUCGGAUUUGACGACUGUUACCGAUAUUCCUGCCGAUUAUGAUGACAGUGUCAUGACAACAGCCUCAGUAAUGACCCAGAACAGCAAGAAGACUAUCAGGACGAAGAAAGCCCCGGCAGCCACAAAAGCCCGGAAGACUCGUACCAAGAAGGAAGAGCCUGUAGAGAUCCAUGAAGAUGUUGAACCUCAAGACGAGGAGAUGCCACCACCACCACCACCACCACCACCACCACCGAAGCCUGCCAGGGGCCGCAAGAGAGCAAGCGACUCCAUGGAAGACUCAGCCAUGACGAACUCGGAGGCCCCAGCGCCCAAGAAGCGCGCAACACGCGUUCGUGGGAGCCAGAAUCCAGAUGCCUCGGUCCUCACGACGAUCUCACAGGCUGAUGUAGAGAUGGCAGAAAGCACCACGCGACCAAAGACUACGAAUGGGAAGAAACGGGCAGCUGCCGCAACAUCUACCAAGGCGACUAAGGCACGCAAAGCAUCGGCCCUGUCGGUGGCAUCGACCGCAUCGACCGCUUCUAUGCGACGAACCAAAGUUCCCGCGGAUGAUGAGCUGGACCGUCAAUUGCAGGAGGAUCUCGACAGACCGCUGACUGACGAUGGAGACGUUGCAGCUGAUUCCGACUCAGAGAGGAGAAACGUACCUGCUGCGACUUCGAAGGCUAAGGGCAAGAAAGCCACGUCGAGCAAGGGCUCCGCCACCACACAAGCACCGCCAGAAAAGCCCGAGGAGAGAGAUUAUGAAAUGUUUGACCCCACGCCGGCUCAGUCAGACGAAGUGGCUGUCGAGGCUGACCUCGAAGCAUUGGAGGACGAAGUUUCAGUGGCUCAAGAGAGUACGGAUCUUGCGGUGCCCAAGAAGGGCAAAAAAGCAGGCGCACGCAAAGUCUCCAAGCAGACAAAGAGGGCAAAGGAAUUAACGCCAGAACCCACAGUCGAAACGGCUAUGGAUCUGGAUUCAGAAGAUCAGCCUAAACCUGCAUUAUAUGAUCCGGACGUGGAUGAGCUAUCGCCUUCUGCCCAGUUGAACGCCGAGGUGGACGUUUUCCACGAUGCCAGCGAGGUACAUGAUUCUAGCACCGCCACAAUCGUCAAGAACGAGGCGCCCCCAAAGCGUGGUAGAGGUCGUCCUAAGAGGUCAACGUCGUCGCGAUUUUCUUCGAGCAGUCAGCUAUCCCGCCCAUCUAUCAAGCCCGGGCCGUCGCCUCUGUCGGAACAGGAGCCUUUGGCGUCUUCGGUCGUCGAUACUGGUCUCACGCGUCAGACAGGGGCAAACAAAACACCAGAGCCUGUGCUUGAUUCUCCUGAUGAAGCGCAAGUUUCCCCAUCGCCACGGACGCAAAAGCAACAAUCUCUCCCACCCGUUGGACGGUCAGCAACACAAAAUCAACCAAGCCUUCCGCCACCCGCCACCCCAUCUGCUAAGCAAGCUGUGCUAUCACCAUCUCAAUCGCCCCAGUCAUCUGACGCCGAGAAUCAGCCGCCUUCUUCCAGGCCACCUGCAAGUGCCGUCUCCAAACGUGUGGUACUGGCACCUGCAGCCAGCAGCGCCCAAAAGCCACACGAUUUUCCGGUUUCUACUCCCGUGAGAAGCACAUCUCCAAUGAAGAAACGCGAUGGCGGUAACCCCCGGCUCAUAGGUGGGCUUCAGAGUACGACGCCAUGGACAGCGGUGGAUAUCGAUCUCAUUUUCGCAAACCAUGACAGCCUGAUUGGAGCGGAUGAUGAGAACAUGGACAAGGAAGACACCAGCUCAAGACACGCUCACAAGUUCCUCACUCAAGGUGGUGACCUUACUUCACCUGAGAGCCGGAUGACGGUUGAGGAGUGGAUAUAUCAUAACGCCGGCAGGGCCGAGCAGAAACUCAAGCACGAGUGCGAAGCCCUGGUCAGCUCAUUUGAAAAGGAGGGGACGAGAGCUAUGCGGGUUCUCGAAGAGCUGGUUGUGGAGUAG